CAACACCUUCAAAGAUCGGCCCUCUGAAUCAGAUGAGCUGCAGACCAUUCAGGAAGACACUGCAGCAGCUUCUGAGAACUCGGAUUUGAUGGCUUCACAGAAACGCUCCUCUUUCCGGCAUGGUUCCAAACUUGCAACUGCAAGUACCAUAGACCAUGCUAGACAUGGAUCUCCACGAAGAUACAGGGAACCAAGUCUACUUGAUUCAUUGGGCAGAUUCUUUGGCGGUGACAAGCAUUAUCCGAGGCGGGGCAAGGACUAUCACCAUGCCGCCAGAGUUAGCCAUGUAAGUUCCCUGCCUCAUCCAAGGUCUCAGCAUGGACGAUAUGUGGAUGACAACCCAGUAGUCCACUUCUUCAAGAACAUUGUGUCACCCAGAACAACUCCUCCUCUUCAGGCAAAAGGUGGUGAAACUCACAAACCUGGAUAUGGCAGUGGCAAAUUCUAUGAGCAUAAAUAUGCUCACAAGGGGCACAAAGGAUACCACCAUGAUGGCCAGGGCACACUGUCUAAAUUGUUUAAACUGGGAAGCUCUGGUUCCCGACCUGGUUCCCGGUCUGGCUCUCCUGUUGCUAGGCGCUAAAACUCUUAAGAUGUCACUGAAAGGCUACAUUCACUGCUUCAUAACAUAGCUGUCCAAAGGAUUAAUAACCAAUUGCAGAAUUCCUUAGAUAAAAAACACAAUCUAUUCGUUAAUGUCAGUUGAGUUAUGCAUGCAGUAGGAAUAUACAAAACUAUAUCGGCAAAUGCUGACCAAUGGCUGAAAAGCCAACGACGACAACAACAAAAGCCUCCCAAACUUGCAAGGUAGCUUGUUGUCAGCAUUAUUUAGGAAAAAUAACAAAAUUCCCCAUCUUAUUCCUUCUUCUUCAAGGUGCUCCCCAAGAAAUAUAAGGCUUUAAUUUUCAGGAACAAACAACAUUAAUUCCCUUUCAGAUUUCUUUUUCACUAAACUUUAAUCACAUAAAAUAUAACACCAUCUAAAUUAAUGCAGUCAUUAACGAAUCUUUGAGAUCUUUGCUGUAAACCAACAACAAUAAUAAAAAUGUGCAGAAUGUUGUAAGGGCUGUUUAUCCAAUGUUUUGAUUUGGCUUUGAUUUGUUAUUAUUUGCUCUUUUUCUGCAUCCCUUUUCUCUCACACUUUUUGUUUUUCUUUUCCUAACUGGAUCAGGCAGUCAUGGAAAGGUAUAUUACACUGGGAGUACAAGGUACGUUGCGAUGUGGGAGAAGGCAGCUGUGAAUGUUUCAAUGAGUCCAAGCAAUGGUCAUGAAGAAUGAUUAUACAGCCUCUAAGCAACUUCUUGCGCAUAACCAAUUGCUUGUCACUGCCAACAUAUUGGGAAAAAAGAGUGGUUGGGAGAGAGAAAUGAAGACAUCAAACCUGAAUUAGAGUAAUUUAACAAUGGUAAAAAUAAGGGAUAAUCCCAAAGAACAAAAACUUAGACUUAGUUAUGUGAAGAGUGGCGCUUGCUGCAAAGUAAAUUCUUUUGCAGCAAAUUGUUUUUUAAAAGUCUAAUGUUUCAAUUCCAGAAAGCCCUUUGGUGAUGAAGUUUCAGACUGUAACUGCACACGUAAAGUUAGUAGUUGUAGCUGU